CGUAAGCGGCCAGGCAGGUUCGUAGGCUGGAGACAAACACCGAUCGUCACCCCCAAAAGUCCCCCCGAGUCUCCGGGGUUCGCUUCUACAUCCCCGGAGUCGUGCCCCUGCCCCCUCAGCGCGGAGCCCCAGGCGGGGACACCCCGUAUUGGACGUCCUCUAACCUCCGUGCACCUGGCUCAACCGGAAUCCCCCGCGUCGGGGCAGGGCCGGGCCGCCGGCGGCGAGCCGGAGCCUGCCCAGCGCCCCAGCCCCGCCGAGCCCUCGGAGCCCAUCCAUGGGUCAUCCCCUGCUCCGCGGGCCUCCUCGCCCAGUCGCGCUCAGCCCAGCUCCGGGUGCCGCGCGCAGGAGGAUCCGUACGCAGUGACCCUGGAGCCUCCGCAGACGCCGGGAGAUCCGGCGGCCGGAGCGGCUGCUGGUUCCCCGCACCUCCAGGAGCUUCCAGGGAGCCCUCCAAGCCGUGUUCGGGGUCCGUCCCGCUGUUCACAGCCCAGAGCCAUGAUGAAGACCUUGUCCAGUGGGAACUGCACACUCAAUGUACCUGCUAAGAACUCCUAUCGCAUGGUGGUGCUGGGUGCCUCCCGAGUGGGCAAGAGCUCCAUUGUCUCCCGCUUCCUCAAUGGCCGCUUUGAGGACCAGUACACGCCCACCAUCGAGGACUUUCAUCGAAAGGUGUACAACAUCCACGGGGACAUGUACCAGCUGGACAUCCUGGACACCUCUGGCAACCACCCAUUCCCUGCCAUGCGCCGGCUAUCCAUUCUCACAGGAGAUGUCUUCAUCCUGGUGUUCAGCCUGGACAGCCGAGAGUCCUUUGACGAGGUCAAGCGCCUCCAGAAACAGAUCCUGGAGGUCAAGUCCUGCCUGAAGAAUAAGACCAAGGAGGCAGCAGAGCUGCCCAUGGUGAUCUGUGGCAACAAGAAUGACCACAGUGAGCUGUGCCGCCAGGUCCCUGCCAUGGAGGCUGAGCUGCUGGUGUCUGGUGACGAAAACUGCGCCUACUUCGAGGUGUCAGCCAAGAAGAACACUAAUGUGAAUGAGAUGUUCUAUGUGCUGUUCAGUAUGGCCAAGCUGCCCCAUGAGAUGAGCCCUGCACUGCACCAUAAGAUCUCUGUGCAGUACGGCGAUGCCUUCCACCCCCGGCCCUUCUGCAUGCGCCGCACCAAGGUCGCAGGUGCCUAUGGCAUGGUGUCACCUUUUGCCCGCCGCCCCAGUGUCAACAGUGACCUCAAGUACAUCAAGGCCAAGGUCCUACGGGAGGGCCAGGCCCGAGAGAGGGACAAGUGUAGCAUCCAGUGAGAGUCAGGGCCAUCAGGGAGGGGGCUUGGGCAGUGCCUUAAGGGAGGUGGCUGAGGAUUCCCACUGCCCACAUCCCAUAGAGGGCCGUAGGUGUGUACUCUGUGCCCAAUCUCUUCAUUCCUGGCCACCUCCUGUGAGCUGUGAAUGUGAUUCCUUUGUGGGAGGACAGAGACAUGUCUGGGGACAUGCCAGCACUCAUGCUGUGACAAGAUUUCAGUGUCUUUAGAGUGGGAGGGAUGCAGAAAGGCCAGGAGCCCUGCGUCAAAGCAAAAUGCUCAGUACAAGUCACAGGCUGAGAACGUCUUAGCCAGAUGUCCCAGCUGGAUUCCCUGGUGGCCUCUCUUCCCUCUGUGUAGACCAGCUUGGUUUCUGUUCCCCUGGAGAAACCACCCUCCUGCCCCAGCUGCCCCCCCCAAACUUAGCCCCUGGGGGCCACCCUGACCUUGAGCAGAGGGGGGGAUGGGGAGGGGAGAGAGGGAGGGAGGCGCCUAUGUCCCUCAGACCACUGCCCCUUGGCUCCACUCCUAGGCUCCUCCAUAGGACAUUUCUCUUUGUUUUGAAGUGUGCUUCCUGUUGUGUUUGCAGUAGACAUGAAUUCCUUGUAUUGUAAGAGGCCAAUGCCUUGUCUUUGACAGGGCUUCCCAGUUCAGAUCCAUUGCUCUAGCUGGGUUCUCCCUCCCUGCUCCCAGGCAGACCAUGCAGCUGGGUCCUGCCCUGAGAGCCAGCAGCACCACAGUCACAGCAGGAAUCCUCUGCCAUCUGGAGAGGACGGCUGGGUUUUGGGAAAGUGACUCUAAACCCCUCCCCACUCCUAACUAGUUCAGGACAGAGCUCUGCCUAGAUGCAGGUUUCUUCUGCUUUAGUUCCUUAAACACUUGCUGAGUACCUACUGAAUACUGGGUCCCUUGUGUACCAGGCAACAGAGAACGAGGGGUCCUGUAUGUCCCCAGCUCCGGUCUCUGCCCACCCAUGGUGCCCCUUCUGCACACACAGCUGUUGGAGGAAGUGGAGCAGCUGAGAGCCAGGACAGGUUGGAAGGACAUACUGUGGGACUUUCCCUAGUGUUCAGGCUAUCCCAGCUACACAGGAGUGGGGGUGAGGGGCAGCUGUGACCCUGAGAACCAAAGGUCCUGUUCACCAACUCUUAAUACAUCUGUGCUUUAGUCUUAUUAUAGUACUGCACUUGGCCCAUUAAGAUGACACCUGUUGCCAAGCUUUCAACAUGAGUUUGGUCCCGGGGUCCCUGUGGUGGAAGGAGAGAAAUCACUCUUUUUGUUUGUCUGUUUGUUUGUUUUUUGAGACAGGGUUUCUCUGUAUAGCCCUGGCUGUCCUGGAAUUCACUCUGUAGACCAGGCUGGCCUCGAACUCAGAAAUCUGCCUGCCUCUGCCUCCCAAGUGCUGGGAUCAAAGGUGUGCACCACCACCACCCAGCGAGAAGUCAUUCUUGUAUGUCAUCCAUUGACUUCCACACAUGCAUCAUGGUACCCCUCUCCAUACACACAAAUUAGUGAAGCUGAUGGUUAUCAGAAAUCAUAGGACUCUACUAGUGCAUUCUCUCAAGGCCCAGGUCACUCAUUGCAAGCUGGGUCAGCCUUGGGCCUUCCAUCCACACCAUGUUGUAUGCUGUCUUCUUGGAGCUCCCAGUGGCAGGGAUUUUGGAUCAUGUUACAUAUGCCCUCCUCAGAGCAAUCACUGAGGUUAUCUGUGGAUAUUGUGUGCAUUGUCGUUCUUAACACACACCAGAUCCAGCUCUGCACACCAGACCCAGGCCCAGCCUGGAUCCCAUAUACACCUCAACACCUGCUGCUCAGCACAACUGCUUCAGCACCUGCUUCCGUCCCGCAGUAACCCCUCGCCGCAAUCCUGAGAGCAUACCAGGCACUUUUCCAGGCAGGUGUAUGGCCUGGGCCAUCUGGUCAAGCUCUACUGCCUGGGCCUCUGUGUACACUAUCAAUUAAAGUUGAUUUGUUAGCA